CCAAUCGCUAUGACUGUUAUCUUAUCGCUUAUCAGAUCCGGGAUAAAUGCUAUCAGGUAAGGAUAAUGCUCAAGGAUUGGCAUAAACAGCAAAUUUGCCAACGGUAACAGCUGUUGCGUCGAGAGAGUUCAAAGAUCAGAUCGACAACAAUGGCCGCAGUCGACAUCUGCAAGUACACGACCACCUCCCCCGCAGACACAACACCGCUCUCGCUUCUCGAGAAAGAAGGCUACGAUGCAUCCAACGUCGUCGCUGUAAUUGGCAAAACAGAAGGAAACGGCUGCGUCAACGAUUUCUCGCGCACACUCAGCUCGCACGUAUGGGAGGCCAAAAUCCCCUCGUCCGCUGUGACUGUCUUCUCCGGGGGUACGGAGGGUGUCCUCUCGCCACAUGUUACGUUCCUCGUUCGGUCGACGAAACGGACGGGUCUUGUUGCGUGCUCGGGGCAGACGAGGGAUUUUGCGCCAAACGAGGUUGGGACGGAGGUGCAGAGUCGCGAGGUGGCGGGUGUGAUUGAGAAGAUGGUUUCUGAGGCGGGGAUUCGGAAGAGUGCUGUGCAUUUAGUUCUCAUCAAGUGCCCACUGCUCACGUCGAUGGAUAUCGAGCAGAUUCGUGCGGCGGGACAGACGCCUCUCACGACGGAUACGUAUGAAUCCAUGGCGGUUUCGCGGUAUGCGAGCGCAGUGGGGAUUGCCCUUGCCCUAGGUGAAAUCACACCGGACAAGGUCGCCGUUGCACUGCACGCAGAGAACGAGCCCGUUUGGAGCUCCCGAGCGAGCUGUAGCUCCGGCGCAGAGCUGAAAAACUGCCACAUCAUGGUCCUCGCUGCUGAUCCACAGGUGGAAAACGGCCGACUCCGCGCAACGUCAGGCUACAUGAAGGAUGCGAUUGACGCGGGGGUCCUUCUGGAAAUGCUCGACAAGAUUAAAGCAGAGCAUGGCAAGGUUGUGCAAGUUUUCGUCAAGGCGGAGGCUGAUCCCAGCGGGUCGAUUCGAGGACUGCGGCAUACGAUGAGCACGGACAGUGAUAUCCACAGUACGCGGCAUGCGAGAGCGGCUGUUGGAGGACUUGUGGCUGGGCUGGUGGGAGAUUCGGCUGUGUAUGUUAGUGGUGGAGGGGAGGGGCAAGGGCCGCCGGGGGGUGGCAGUUUGGCUAUUGUUUAUUCCGUAUGAAUUCGAGCUUAAAUGAUCAAAUGCCACCAUGUGCAAGACGUUAUGGCUGAGAAACGACACUGGCCCUCUGGCAAUUUCCGCGAGUACUUCUUCAUGAGCCACUUCAAACACUAAAUUAUCAUCUAUAUCAUUACCAUCUCUAUCGCUACGAGAACAGUAAACUCAAC